GGGCUAAACACGUGACAACCCCUUCUCCGGAGACGGUUGCUGAAGCUUCCCCCUUUGCUGUCUAUUCUGUAAGUCACGGAAAAGUUGGAAGCAUUCUGUCUUCAGUAGAGCUCAGGCCGGUUGUAGUUCAUUCGCCAGUGUGCUUUUCUUAAUAGCUAAGAUGGUACGUGAGCAGUACACUACAGCCACAGAAGGCACCCACAUAGAGAGGCCAGAGAAUCGGUAUGUCUACAAAAUUGGCAUUUACGGCUGGAGAAAGCGUUGCCUCUACUUGUUUGUUCUUCUUUUACUAAUCAUCCUCGUUGUGAAUCUUGCUCUUACAAUUUGGAUCCUUAAAGUGAUGUGGUUUUCUCCAACAGGAAUGGGCCACUUGCGUGUAACAAAAGACGGACUACGCUUGGAAGGGGAAUCAGAAUUUUUAUUCCCAUUGUAUGCCAAAGAAAUACACUCCAGAGUGGACUCAUCUCUGCUUCUACAAUCAACUCAGAAUGUGACUGUAAAUGCACGCAACUCAGAAGGGGAGGUCACAGGCAGGUUAAAAGUGGGUCCCAAAAUGGUAGAAGUCCAGAGUCAACAGUUUCAGAUCAACUCCAACAACGGCAAGCCACUGUUUACUGUGGAUGAGAAGGAAGUUGUGGUUGGUACAGACAAACUUCGCGUAACUGGGCCUGAAGGGGCUCUUUUUGAACAUUCAGUGGAGACACCCCUUGUCAGAGCCGACCCGUUUCAAGACCUUAGAUUAGAAUCCCCUACCCGGAGUCUAAGUAUGGAUGCCCCACGGGGGGUGCGUAUUCAAGCUCCCGCUGGGAAAAUCGAGGCGCUUUCUCAAAUGGAUAUUGUUUUUCAUAGUAGUGAUGGAAUGCUUGUGCUUGAUGCUGAAACUGUGUGCUUACCCAAGCUGGUGCAGGGGACGUGGGGUCCCUCUGGCAGCUCGCAGAGACUCUACGAAAUCUGUGUGUGUCCAGAUGGGAAGCUGUACCUGUCUGUGGCUGGUGUGGGCACCACGUGCCAAGAGAACAGCCACAUCUGCCUUUGAGCCGCCUGUGUCCUCUCAGUGAGCUGUGUAGUGCUGGCCCCAGAUCCUCACACCCGGGGAGCAGCUGGACAUCGUGAAAGACUGAGGCAGUGUGGAUGGGAAGUAAAUGCUUCCAGAGGAACUCAAGAAAAAAAAUGCGCCAAUGAAAGUGUUUGGACAAAACUACAUGCUCUCAAAAUGCACAUGGAUGUGAGACACAAAAGUUGAAGAAAUGUAAAAGCAAUGUGUUUUUCCACUGGAUUAAUUUUCACCAAAACAAUUGCGACUUCUCUCUGCCUCACCUCCCCUCAUCUUGUCCGUGUGGGCACACAGGCAGUGUAGAGUUGCUGUGUGGGGCUCGUGUAUGAUGCUCUACUAUGGAUAUCUAAUGCCCCAUGAGAGUAGCCUUGGUCAAUACUAAAAUGCCCAAAGUUCUAUACAGCGUUUCAUUUAUAGCACUCAAACUUAACAUCCUCCCUUCUAUUUAAUGCAAAUAUGUCAGGUUUCACAAGAACACUUUCAUGUUUUGAAGGAAAUUUGAGGUUGAUCUGAUUUUCAAGAUGUAGUCAAAGGAAUAAAUUACACAAAAUUAGACUUUCUGUAUAUAGUCAAUAUGCAAUAAAAAUCAACCUCAUUUUUCAGACUUCACAGUUUUUUGGUUUUUUUGAAUGGAGUCUGACUCUGUUGCCCAGGAUGGAGCGCAGUGGUGUGAUCUCGGCUCACCAUAACCUCCGCCUCCCGCAUUCAAGUGAUUCUGCCUCAGCCUCCCAAGUAGCUGAUACUACUGGCACGAGCCACCACGCCCGGCUAAUUUUUGUAUUUUUAGUCAAGACAGGGCUUCACUAUGUUGGUCAGGCUGGUCUUGAACUCCUGACCUAGUGAUCUGCCUGCCUCAGCCUCCCAAAGUGCUGGGAUUACAGGCAUGAGACACUGCGCCAGGCCCCAGACUUCACAGUUGAAGAAUGUCUUACUUUUUUCAUCUUCACACAUCUCUAAGGUACGUAUUAUUUUUCCCCAAGUUACUGGUGACAAAGGCUCAAGUAGAACAAGUCACAAGGCCACAUGGUCACUACUGAAAUUAAACCAAAAUAUAACCCUAAAUUUGCAUAGCUCUUUUCACUUUUCAAGUUUCAUGUGUUAUCCGUGUCCAAAACACCUGUCUGUGUGAUAAUUGUACAGAUGGAAUAAUACUUAUUUGACAAAGAAACUGAAGCCCAAAGAGGUUUUGUCUCUACCGAGAUCAAAGGGCUAGUCUGUGGUGCUUUCCUCUACACGAGACAAAAGUCUGGAUGUAACUUCAUAGAAAUAAGACACUCAGCUUGUGAAAAUAUUUAGUGCCAAUUGGCUGUAUAAGUUGCUAUCAAAUAGGACACAGUGACCUCUGAAGACAGGUUCGUUUUGUAUAGACCACCCACUACUUUGUAAAAUGCCCUCCACCACAAAAAGUGGUGGGGUGUGUUUUUACUUAUUAUAAAAAGAAUCUCCAAACAGGUGUAUCACUGCAACUUUCUAAUGACAUGACAUAUUAAUAACUAUAAAUACAAGUUCAAAUUCAUUUCCAUAGUCUCAGAAUCAAGAGAAAGUACAAAAGUGAGCUCUUUAUUCCUAAUGCUAAGAUGUUAACAGCAUAGACUUAUAACAACUCUCUGAUGUUUAAAUUGCUAGAAUGCAUAAACACUUGAAAUUUCAAAGUAAAAAUACUGUGCUUUCCAAGCAGUUAAGAGCAAACUCAACUGAGUGUAUCGUUCCUCCAAUUUCACAGGCGGUUGGGUGUUUUUACUUAUAAAUAGGCAUUUACCUUUUCCAUUUAGUUAAGUUCUGAGUAAACUGUCUUCUUACUGUGACAUUCCUAUUGUCCUAGUAAAUGGUUCCUGGUAUUUUGUUCCAUUUGUGCAAAACAUGUCUUCAAGCCCAGUUGAUAAAACACAAGAUCACUAAACAUUUAUAAACUAGCUUGGUUCUCAUAAUAUAUGUCCAAAAUACAGUGCGUAGAUGAUAAAGUGAGGUAAAUAAAAGUAGUCAAUUAGAAAGUGUGGAGAACAGAACCUUUUAUUCUAUUUUUUUUUAUCUUUAGCUAUAUGGAAUAAUGUUGAAAGAAGUUGUUAUUGAUAAAUGCAUUCUCCAGAAUAAGAAAUUUAUCCUUCAUUAGAAUCAAAGCUUUAGAUGAGUUAUAUUCUAAAAUGGAUUACAUAAAUGUCUUCUUAAACAUAUUAUAUAAUGUAAUUUAAAUUUUUAUUGAAGGCAUCAGGUCAUGAUUAUAAACAUACGUAACAGGGUAUUUAGACUGAUACUCCUAUUGUACUAUGUGAUUAUAGACUAUUGAGUGUUGCUAUAUUAGGGAUCUAAAAACAGCACUUAUUUCUUUCCCAAUUUAUAAACUGAGUAGAUACAGUAAAAAAGAUGAAGAUAAAAUCUACUACCAUCAUGCUGUAAUAAUAAAGAUAGCUGGUUUGCAGCAAAAUGGACUUCCUAAUACUUCACAGCUGAAUAAAACACAAACCACUCUGGUCACAGGCAAAACUAAAGGUUCCCAACUUCUGUAGCCACUCAUGAGGAGGACGAACAUAGGCCUUCUCUGAGGGCAGCCAAAUUCACAUUAAAAGAGUCAAGCCAUGUGUGUUGGGUUCCCCCGCCAACCCCACCAGGUCACCCAAUAGGUAAAGUCUUUGCUCCUAUGGAAAACAGGGAAUGAGGGUAGAAGGUCUUCUGAAAGGGCAGAAUCCUAAUGGUUUUCAGGUUGUGUCUGCUUAUGUAGCUUUGUGAACCCUUCUUUGAUUUGAAACAUCACCUCUCACUUGGCUUUAGCAGUUUUCUUCACAUACUAAAUUCCACUUCAAAUAUGUUUCUAUAAUUGCUAUUUUCUACCAGCACUAUAAAUGUCAUCCUUGAGAUCUACAAAACAUUUAAACUACCAAAAAUGUCAACUGGAACUAAUGAAACAAGUAAAUCCCAUUCAUCCCAAAAUCAGACCUGUGAACAACUCCUCUUCAUUUUGUUAAAUACUAUUUUAAGAUUUUGCCCAAAUCAUUUUUGAGCUCUCAGCACUCCGGGCUCUGUUAACUAAUUGUAUGGUGCAAGUUUUUCACUUGUUUCCUCACAGAGACUAUGAACAAUUGAGCCAUCCUGCUGGGGACGCCCUGUCCCUGGAGCCUCUGCAGCAGAGAGCCUGCUCCCGAGUACAGAUGCUGCUCCAUGCCUUUCCUAGACUGCAUGCUACUCUACUCAGGAGCAGCUGAUCCACGCGCCAGUAAACAGCUUCCAUUGUCUUUUUAAAAGAAAAGUAAACUAUGGUAAAGGUGGGGGAAGCAUAGAAUAGCAAAAUAGUUCAGGUCCAAAAUUCCUUAACUUCAAUUUCAAAAUCUAAAAUGCUUCAAAAAGUGAAAAUUUUCAUAUGAGUCUGCUAUAAACUAUUGGUGGCAAAGCUGACUCGAAUUACGUAAGGCUACUUCUCAGGUCUAUGUAUUCAAUUUAGUGUGAACCCUCAUAGACUUCACUGCAGAAAUACUAAUGCGUUUGAUUACAGGUACAGCCUGACCGUGGUGGGAGCACUUCAUUAAAAAGUUAUAUAUACUUGUAUUAACUUUCUAAAAUAAAAUUAUGAGACACAUUAAGGGUUUCAUAUAUGGGAUUAUGAA